AUCAAUCUCCUUGCAUUCCCAUUUAGUGAUCUCUUGUAAGGAGUCCAAAAUGACCAACCCGGGAAGCAAUGCUCCAGCAAGCAAGAACCUCCUGCAAAGUGAAGCCCUUAAGAGGUAUAUACUGGAGACAAGUGUUUACCCACGAGAGCAUGAGCAACUUCAGGGAUUGAGAGAGGUGACCAUGAAACACAAGUGGGGUUUAAUGAGCAUGCCUGCUGAGGAAGGCCAGCUUCUCUCCAUGCUUCUAAAGCUCAUAAAUGCAAAGAAGACAAUAGAGAUUGGAGUGUACACAGGUUAUUCACUCCUUACCACAGCAUUGGCAUUACCAGAAGAGGGACAGAUACUGGCAAUCGAUAUUGAAAAAUCAUACUAUGAGAUAGGGCUGCCAUUUAUUCAAAGAGCAGGAGUUGAAAACAAGAUUAAUUUCAUUGAAGCAGCAGCAAUCCCUUUUCUUGAUAAAAUGAUUCAAGAGAUAAAGGAAGAUGACCUCUUUGAUUUUGCAUUUGUGGAUGCUGACAAGUUAAAUUAUGGGGAAUACCAUGAAUGUUUGCUAAAACUUGUGAAGGUUGGAGGUGUUAUUGCAUAUGAUAAUACACUUUGGUCUGGUAGCGUGGCUGUUCCGGUGGAUCCAUCCGACCCUGAGGAGUUCAUUGAAGUUCGAAACCAUCAAGUGAAGUUUAAUAAUUUCUUGGCGGCUGAUUCCCGUAUCGAGAUAUCACAAGUUUGUAUUGGUGAUGGACUUACGAUCUGUAGACGCAUUGUUUGACUGCGUAGAUUUGAUCACGUCUUUUUAUGCAUACUCUUUAUGUAUCGAAAUAAGACACCGAACUAUAUAGAUAUUGUUCUCCUUGAGAAUCCUUGGUGUUUACCUGGAUUUAAUAAAUUUUCGUCCAAUUAAAAAGUGCCUCUUUCUUGCA